AUGCCUUGGACCACCACAAAAUAUGAGCUAAGCCCGCCGCCUCUAGACGAGCUUGCGGCCGUGCUCCAGACAGGUCUCCAACAGCACUUUGAGUCGGUCUCGGUCCACGUUACCCGCAGCCCCGAACUGCGCGAAGCGCCCUUUCACCUCGCGGCUGCUGGUAUUUCGGGCCGCGAGCGCAUUGGCGACGUCGGCGGACCGCAGAAUCUGCGUCCGCUGCCGCGACUGGACCACAAGUACCACCUGCGCGAGAUUAUGGAUCUCAUGGAGAUGCAGGACGGCCUCGUCAUCGGUGCCGGCGCGGGGCCGUUUCACCACGUCGGCGGCAACACGGAGCUGAUGCCCAACCUCAGCUACACCGACGGCGUGGCCAACAACCAGACGCGCUUUGCCCGGAUUGUGCCGGCCACCGAAACCGACAGCGUGCGGGACAUUGCUACCGGCACGCUGGCGCACAGAUGCCGGCCCCUGCCGGCACCGAAAUCAGCCGACAGCGCCCUGCUCACAAAUUUGUAUGCCAGCGACGGCGCUCCGGGCGACGUGCUCAAGAUGGUGGCCCACGGCCGCAAACCAGACAGCCCCGACUUUACGGCGGCCAUCCAAGACGUGCUGCGCAGCACAUACAGCCAGCCCGUCAGCCUCGGCGGCGUUUUCGUCUUGCGCCGUGGCCGGGCGCUGCUCCACGUCAUGUCCGAUUUCAAGACGGAGCCGCGCCUGCCGGGCAACCAAGACAACUGGCUCACGUUCUUUGACGUGGCCGCGCCGCUGACGUGCCUCUCGGUCGUCCACGCGCGCGAUCCCGGCCUGCGGCUGCACCUCGAGCACACGCACUGCUUUUCCGAGCGUGGCGAGGGCGGCCACUUUCACCACGACUCGACCCCGGCCGACGCCGAGUACGAGGCAUACUUCAACACGGCCAAGGUGAUCUACCGGAUAGAUGGGCCGGGGGAGUAG